GUGCGAAAACAAGCGUGCCAUCCCCAUCUUUUCGGUGAAUAAAAGAGGCGGUUGGCUCUCGUCUACCUCUCUUGUGCUUAUAUUUCAACGCGCUCUCGAUAACGCAUCAAAGCAAAAACAAUUGGCCAAAAUGAUUAAGAAAAUGACGCCCUCAGAGAAUGAGUUUGACAUACCGGCUAAAAACUGCUACAGGAUGGUAAUUCUGGGAUCCACAAAAGUUGGAAAAACAGCUAUCGUAUCCCGGUUUGUGACCGGCAGGUUCGAAGAUCAGUACACACCAACCAUCGAAGACUUUCACAGGAAAUUCUACAGCAUCAGGGGAGAAGUUUACCAACUAGACCUGUUGGACACGUCUGGAAACCAUCCGUUCCCUGCAAUGAGGAGGCUGUCCAUACUUACAGGUGAUGUCUUCAUUCUGGUGUUUAGUCUGGACAACAGAGAGUCUUUUCGGGAAGUACAGCGGCUGAAACAGCAGAUCUUCGAGACCAAAUCUUGCCUGAAGAACAAGACAAAAGAGAACGUGGACGUCCCGCUGGUGAUCUGCGGGAACAAGGGCGACCGAGAGUUCUACAGAGAAGUCCAGAGGGACGAGAUCGAGCAUCUCAUCGCCGGGGACGACCAGUGCGCCUACUUUGAGAUAUCAGCCAAGAGGAACACUAACGUGGACAAAAUGUUUCAGACUCUCUUCACAAUGGCUAAACUGCCCAACGAGAUGAGCCCGGACAUGCACCGUAAGGUGUCCGUGCAGUACUGCGACAUGCUUCACAACAGAAAGUCCAUCAAAAACAAGAAAUUCAAAGACAGUGACGCAUAUGGGAUUGUGGCGCCCUUCGCCCGGCGACCCAGUGUGCACAGUGACUUAAUGUACAUAAAAGAGAAGGCGAUUGGCGGCGGUCAGGGGAAGGACAAAGAGAGGUGUGUCAUCAGCUAGAACCGAACCAGAACUCGGCAGUACAUGAGAACCUCCUAGCCAGAGCGCCGGAGCCGUGCAGGCGUAGACUUGAUGCCUGAUGCGGGAGAGUUUGCUCUGCUUCCCGUGGCUAAAAAGUGGAAUCCGGGAGAACUGAGACGCAGAAAGACGCCGCGCCUUUCCAGGCGGCUAAACUUCACCGACUUGAGUCGUGAGACGCCUCGCCAAACGGUUGCGCGCGUGAUGUCAGACUUUAAACAAGAAUGUAUUAUUCUGUGGGUCCAGACAACUAGAAAUGUGAUGUGGCUUAAAAUCAGUUAAGACUCUUACCAACAUGCUGUAAAAUGUGUUCUUAAAAAAACGUCUUAUCUGCCUUUGAUGACAAGUGAAACUCCAUGGGUGGAGUGCAAUGUCCGGAAUACUACUGUUUACAUUUUGUGAUAGGCUAUAUAUUUUAUAACACGGAACUUGAAUGUUUGUUGCAACUUGAACAAAUCUUAUCGUGAAUGUAUUUAUUCUUAUGUCAACGUUGACCUUUUCUAAAAUAAAAACGUUCAAAUAUAAA